UGAAGAAUCGAAAAAGAGAAGAGGUGAACGAACAAAUCAUGCGAGAUUACUUCAAUGAGAAUGCAUUGUUCGGCGAGGAAGAUUUCAGGCGCAGGUAUCAUCAACUAUCACAGAUGAAUUCAUUUUACUUUGUGAAGAUUUCAGGCGCGUCCUCGCUGACGCUCUCCGGCGUCACCGUCGCCGUGCCGCUCGUGCCGGGCGAGUGGUGCCCGCUGCUAGAGCGCCUGCGCAUCGAGGACUGCCGCGUCGAGCGCCGCGCCGUGGUCGUGCUCCUCCCGCGGCUCAAGCUGCUCGCCAUGGAGGACGUCGACGUCGGCUCGACGGACCGCGAGGACGCGCCGGAGCUUGAGGAGUCGAGGUCAGCUGCUCGGCCCGCUGGGCCGUGGACUACAGGUCCUUCGCCGUGCGCGCGCCUGCGCUGGCGCGAGCAGUUCGCGCAGUGCGUGCGCGUCGACGUCGGCGACCAGGGCAGCGUCUCCGAGGGCACCAUCGAGUUCACGGCCAACGGCGACCGCAACGACAUGUCCUGCUGCGAGAUGAAGCUGUUCCGCGCGCAGAUGAUGAAGAUGCUCCGGGGGCUCCUCCCCGACCUAACGCCGAGCACCAUCGCAGACGUUGCACGGCCUUACAUGACGCUGGACGUCAGCACCAUGGUGGAUGAAGAGACCGGUGGUGAGGUGAUCCAGGAGGAGAAGCUCACCUGCGACAUCGGCGGCCUCAUGUCGCGAUCUACCUGAUGUCCUGAACGCUGGCACGCUGCUCUGCUCGGCGGUGCUGAAGAAGGGUACAAGUUUGGGAUCAGGCUUUUGAAGCAUCUGGGGUCUAACUUUCGUUCUGCAUCUGCGGUCUAUCCUGCGUAGUACAUGUUGGCAUGUGGUAUUGGAUCAACCUUUUGGUGUUGUGGGAAGAAACCUCGUCGCAUGUUAGCACGUCAAAUGUGCAAUGAUCCAUCAUAAUACUCUGUCCAUCUCCAAUCCAUUAUCUGUAGAAUGAGGUUUCUUCAUAUGAUCCUUCAUUUCAGUGACAGUUGCCAUCUGAUUAUCCUUAAGGAACCGAUA